UCAGUAUAUUAAUGUUAUUCGUUGCUCACACUACACGUAGACUGCAAGAUACACGAUCGGUUCAUCGUUUUUACACAUUUGAAACGUUCGGGGAACUAUCGAGCAUUGAUAUUGUAUUUUUCAAAUAAAUAAAAUCAAAAUAAAGUUUUGACUGUCAAAAAAAUACACAGCUGCUGCUGUUAAUGAACCCGUCUGCCAGCUGGUUUAUUUUAAAACGUGAAUAAUGAAUUUCGGAGAUAACGCGAUCAGUAGAUGGAUUUCUCCGCCUCACUCACAAGUUCCAGAACAACCGUCGCCCAGUUUCGUCGACAGGUUUGAUCGUUUGAAAACUACAUAUUGGAACAGAGGAUACGGGAUAGUUAUGCUUGGAAUUAUAGGUGUAUCCAUUACGUCAGUUCAGUCGUUUAUGUAUUAUAAAUUUAUUGAUUUUGUGGGAGAACAAAACAAAAUUGACUUUUCUCAUUAUGGUUGCGUAUCUUACAAUAUGGAUGGAUAUUAUAUUGGUUUAAUACCUGGUGGUGUCUUAGCUACUGUUUAUCCGGCUCACAAUAUUUUAGGGAUUUUUGUCGCCAUAUCGUCGAUUGGCCAUUUAUUAAUAAUCAUGAGUAUACAUUACUUAAACGCUUUCACGCAUUGCAUCCUACAGUUUUGUGUAGGAACGACAUUGGCCGUGGUGGAUGUGUCAAUUGACAGGGUUUGGACGUAUUGGGUCCCACUGAACAAACAAUCAAUACGCCACGUUCCAAUAGUGUUUUACGUGUUGAUAUAUGAUGGCGGAUUUCUCUACGAUAAUAUUGAUAAACUCCACGAUGCACAUUCAUCUUAUACUUUAACUCUAUUUACUGGUGUGAUUGGAUUGGCGUGGUACGUUUUAUGGUUGUACGUGAUCAAUGGGAAUUAUUCAUUCAGGGGAAUGAACCUCGAUUUUAUUUUGUUUGGAGGUUCAAACAACUCGCGAUAUUCUUUUGGAACAUCUGGCGUUUCGUUAACCCGAUCAAUAAUAUCGGACAUCCCGUGGAAAUCGAUUUGCACUUCUAAGCCGCUCCUCGUGAUUGUUUUAUUAUGCUUUUGUGACGCUCGACUUACAGAAUCAUACGAUAGUGAUGUAUACGGUGAAGACUUGUUCGAAUGGAAUUUGAGAACAUACACUAUCAUCUUAUUGUUACUUUUCGUCGUCCUAGUAGAAUUAGUUCCAGAAAUCAUCGAACCCAUUUCCACCUCCACAGUCAGAAAGUUCUGGAGUUGCUCAUAUUUCGGUUCAGCGGGCAUAAUUUUUAUUCUGGAAGCCGUUUUUGGCCACACUGCAAGAACUAAUAAAAUUAGCAAAUAUUUUCUCAAAGAAAUGGAUUAUCUUUAUAAUUUUGGAUUCAACAUAAAUGUUUUGGACAUCGCACCAAAGUAUGCUAGUUUAAUAGAUAGUUUAUUGCUGAGCAUACAUUAUAUUUCCAAAUUUUUGUGGGUCUAUGUAAAUAGAAUAUUGAGUUAUAGGAUACUUAACGAAGUCGAAACUGCUGUCCUGAUGGCGAUAAUAUGUUUUGCGGUGGCUGUGUUGUAUGCCAUUUUCGCUUCGGGCGAACAACAGCCAUGGGCAGAAGAGCUGGUAGAAGAAAACCAACAAAAUAUGAUGGAAAAUGACAAUAAAUCAUAAUAAUUUACCAUGUACAUAACAAUAAAAUUAUGCAUUACAAUAAUUAUUAAUAUGAAUAAUAAUAGGCACAUUAUUAAAUUCUACAUUUUAUAUUUUAAUAUAAUCGUGUGAAGACACGAAUUAUGUUGGCGUUUGUGUAGAUACUAGAUACUUUCCAGCAGCGCAAGACAAACAAAUAUUUAAUAUAAAAAUAUAAAAUAUUUAUAUACCCACUAUAAAACCAUAAAAGUUUAUAAUAUGCCUUGUAAAUAUGUCAUAAGCUUUAGUCGACGACAACAUAAGUUACUCAUAGAAAAACUCUUGGCGGCUAGGGUAUACAAGUAUAUGUUGCAGUAAAUGUAGUAUAUUAUACGUAAAUGAGGCCUACACAUUUUUUAUUCAUACGUUAGGCCUAGAAAUAUUUUUACCAAAUUAACAUUUUCUAUUCAAUUACUCAGACUUAAGACUGAAAAUAGAACUGUAUUAAUAUUGGUACAAUUAGUCAUAUAUAAGUAUUAGGUAUAUCGAUUUUAUCGAUUAAAUUGUCAAAAUUGUUGUGCAAUUCCAAAAAAGUUUGCACUGUGAUUUAGGUAAAAUAUAAAAGUUCGAGCAU